AUGUUAGACGUCUGGAGGGGAUCUCGACCAGGUUUGUCUUCCCUGGAUGCGGCUUUGAAGAAGUACGGGAAGGCAGCGCAAUGGACUGCAGCUCUGCAGGUUUUCCGAGACGCGUCUCGAUUAGGUGCAAAAGAGAACCCAGGACGAGUCGUAACGACAAUUAUGGCGCUCGGGAAAGGCAGGCAGUGGCAGCUGGCCCUUUCCCUUCUUCGGGAAAUGUCUGAGGCGAAGGUUCAGGCCACCGUUAUCAGCUAUAGCGCCGGGAUUACCGCGUGCGAAAGAAGCAAACAAUGGCAGCAGGCUUUGGCGUUGCUCGGCGACAUGCUGGCAUCCACAUUGGAUCCCGACGUGAUUGCCUACAGCGCUGGGAUCAGCGCGUGCGAGAAAGGCGAGCAGUGGCAGCGGGCUUUGUGUCUGUUCAGCGAGAUGUGGCAGGCGAUCUUGGAACCCCGCGUAAUCAGCUACAGCGCCGGGAUCAGCGCAUGCGAAAAGGGCAAGCAGUGGCAGCAGGCUCUGGCGCUGCUCAGCGACAUGUUGGCGUCAAGAUUGGAGCCCGACCCCUAG